AUCUCUCAGAUAUCUUUCAAGCAUAAGUCAUCUGGUCCUGGAUGAAAUUCAUGAGAGGAGUCUUCAGUCUGAUAUUCUUCUCACCACCGUGAAGGACCUGUUAACUGCUCGAGAGGACCUAAAAGUAGUCCUCAUGAUUGCCACGCUUAACACUGAGAAAUUCAGCAAAUAUUUCAAUAAUUGUUCCAUGAUCCAUACUCCUGGAUACACAUACCCAGUGAAAGAGCACUUACUGGAGGAUGUGGUGGAAUUGCUUAGAUCGGUUUAUCAUCAUCCCCCUCCACUCUUUGAUGCCCACAGUGUCUCAGACUCAGGUAUUCAAAAAGCCGCCUCCGGGAGUGCGCAAGAUCGUGAACGCUACCAACAUUGCAGAAACCAGGAGCUUGGCAUCUAUCAUUUUAAGGAAUAG